AUGGGAACUACCAUGGGAGGCAUGGGAGCUACCAUGGGAGGCUUGGGAGGCCUGGGAGCUACCAUAGGAGGCAUGAGAACAAGCAUGGGAGCCAUGGAUGCCAUGUGCGGCAUGGGGGGCAUGGGAGCACCUACGGGAGGCAUGGGUGGCUUGGGAGCUACCAUGGGAGGCAUGAGUUUUGGGUCUCUCAUGGGAAGCAUGGGAACACCUUCAGGUGACAUGGGUGGACGCAUGGCUUCCGGUGUGCCUCACAUGCCUCCGCGUGAUGCCUAUGGAGAUAGUGCGAACACCGUCCGAGUUUCUAAUGACGAUGGGACGCUUGAAGAUGGAGAAGAGGAGGAAGAAGAUGGGACAUGA